GAGUACUGAAGUACAUAGUCCUGCGUGAAAGAGUUGUUCACAUCCUUUACUUGUUUAAAACCUCCAUGACUUUCUUUUUUUCCUGUUAAACAUGAAGAAGAUAUUUUGGAAUGAAAUGAAAUCUGUUACCAUUUUGACUUUUCCUACAAGGUAAGUUUCCAGCUUUCUUUUUAUUAUUUUCUUUAGUGUUCAACAGAAUAAAGAAACUCUUAAAGGUCUAUAACCACUUUAGUGUGAGUAAAUGUUAAAUUUUUGGGGUGAACUGUCCCUUUAAGCUGAAGUAAGCUGAAAUUCUUUCUCUCCCGCUCUGAGAGUCUGCACACAUUAUCUGUCCACUACGAGCCCUUUAACCUCAAAGCAACAAUUCAUUCUGUGUGUGUGUGUGUGUGUGUGCGCAUGUUUUAAUAUGAACAACUCUUACACACCAGGUCAGACUGAAAAGAUCCGACUGCAUCUCUUGACUUCUCGCCUUUAUUCUUCAUAUUUUGGGUCUGUUUCAGAGUUAAACAGGUCUGAUGGAGGAGACAUGCCAUAAUGUCAAAACAAGAGAGAAAACUGGCUUACUGAAGAGAAAAAACAAAACAUGUUUGACCUGCACUCAGUGUGGAAAGGGUCUGAGCUGCAAACAGAGUCUCAGGAAUCACAUGAUGAUCCACACUGGAGAGAAACCGUUCACAUGUGCUCAGUGCGGGAAGAGUUUCAGACAUUUAUCAGGCCUUAAUUAUCAUAUGAUGAAUCACACUGGAGAGAAACCGUUCACAUGUGUUCAGUGCGGGACGAGUUUCAGACAAUCAUCAUCCCUUAAUCGACACAUGUUGAUCCACACUGGAGAGAAACCAUUCACAUGUGCUCAGUGCGGGACGAGUUUCAGACAAUCAUCAGGCCUUAAUAAACACAUGAUGAUCCACACUGGAGAGAAACCGCUCACAUGUGCUCAGUGCGGGACGAGUUUCAGACAAUCAUCAAGCCUUAACGAACACAUGAUGAUCCACACUGGAGAGAAACCGUUCACAUGUGCUCAGUGCGGAAAGAGUUUCAGACAAUCAUCAUACCUUAAUUAUCAUAUGAUGAUUCACACUGGAGAGAAACCGUUCACAUGUGUUCAGUGCGGGAAGAGUUUCAGACAAUCAUCAGCCCUUAAUCAACACAUAAAGAUUCACACUGAGAAGAAACCGUUCACAUGUACUCAGUGCGGGACGAGUUUCAGACAAUCAUCAGGCCUUAAUCAACACAUGAAGAUCCACACUGGAGAGAAACCGUUCACAUGUGCUCAGUGCGGGACGAGUUUCAGACUUUUAUCACACCUUAAUGAACACAUGAAGAUCCACACUGGAGAGAAACCGUUCACAUGUGUUCAGUGCGGAAAGAGUUUCAGACAAUCAUCAUACCUUAAUUAUCAUAUGAUGAUUCACACUGGAGAGAAACCGUUCACAUGUGUUCAGUGCGGGACGAGUUUCAGACAAUCAUCAAACCUUAAUCAACACAUGAAGAUCCACACUGGAGAGAAACCGUUCACAUGUGCUCAGUGCGGGACGAGUUUCAGACAAUCAUCAGGCCUUAAUAAACACAUGAAGAUCCACACUGGAGAGAAACCGUUCACAUGUGCUCAGUGCGGGACGAGUUUCAGACAAUCAUCAUACCUUAAUUAUCAUAUGAUGAUUCACACUGGGGAAAAACCGUUCACAUGUGCUCAGUGCGGGACGAGUUUCAGACAAUCAUCAGCCCUUAAUCAACACAUGAAGAUCCACACUGGAGAGAAACCGUUCACAUGUGCUCAGUGCGGGACGAGUUUCAGACAUUCAUCAGCCCUUAAUCAACACAUGUUGAUCCACAAUGGAGAGAAAACACACAAAUGUGAGCAGUGCAGCAAAACAUUUUUGAGGGCUUCAAAUCUGAAGAGCCAUCUUAGAGUUCACACAAAGGAGAAACCUUAUUCAUGUUCAUUGUGUGGAAAGAGAUUUGCACAUCAGUUAACUUUAAAAACACAUCAGAAGAUCCACACUGGUGUGAGAGAGUAUAUGUGCUUUGAGUGUAAGAAGACUUUUAUUACAGCUGGACAACUGAAACGGCACCAGAGCACACUGGAGAGAAACAUACAUGAUGUUUCAAAACAUUUUGAGGAUUCCAGAGCUGAAGAACCAUCUUAGAGUUCAUUCUUUGCUGCUUUGUUUAAAGACGUCUAUGUAGGGCUGGACAAUAAUUCAAUAUCACUCUAUAUCGCGAUAUAUUUUAUUUCAAUAACGGUGUUAUGAUUUUUUAACCCAUUUCCGGUAUUUCGAUAUAAAUCUGCAAAUAUAUAAAUAUAUACAUUAGGGCUGCACAAAAACAGAAAAAAUGCUAAUCACGAUUAUUUUGCUCAAAAAGUUAAUCACAAUUAAUAAUGUUGAUUAUUUGAUUAUUACAAAAAAUAUACGAUUAUCAAUAAUCACGAUUAAACAGCUACACAAUGAUGAAAUGAACAGUUGGAUGUGCCAAAACUUUCUUCGGCUAAACAAAGAGAAAACUGAAGUCAUUGCACUUGGGAACAGAGAUGAGGUUCUCAAGUUAAAUGCACCUUCGCUCUAGGGGUCAACCAACUAAAAUAAGGUCAAGAAUUUUGGUGUGACUCUGGAGUUAGAUCUGAGUUUCAGUAAUCAUGUCAAAGCAGUUAGUAAAUCAGGACACUAUCAUCUUAAAAACAUUACAAGAAUUAGAU